AUGCAGGAUGAAGCUGAGAUUACAUCUAUAUAUCACAAACCGGAGAUUUCAUAUCAAGAAAAACAAGCCAUUGUGGAAGAGAUCAUUACAGAAUUCAAAUUGGACGACAAUGAAGAGCAAGAGAUGUGUUUGAGGAUAGUCAGCGAACACUUCAUGCGAGAAGAGGUAAAACAACUACUCAUGUUUAUCACAGGUAUUGGAGGGUCAGGCAAAAGUCAUGUUAUCCAUGCGAUAGUGGAGAUGUUUCGUCGUUGUGGUGCACCUGAAAAAUUGACGUUAAGCGCCCCUACAGGCAGUGCUGCAGUGCUAAUAGAUGGUUAUACAAUACAUGCACUCAUGUUUUUGCCAAAA